AUGAGCUGUUCAUUUAAGGUGGAUGAAGCAGAAUCCAAAGAUGAUGGAAUUCCUUACAAAACAAAGCCUUCAAAAUCUCAUACUCUCUCACCAAAUCCUCUCUUAAACCAUACCAAUCCACCAACUUCUUCAAGCCAGAAACAAGCAGAGCAGCCGCCGCCGCCUUCUUCAGCUCGGAACGUGAAUCAACCAGAAAAAGAUAAGCAAGCCAUCAAUGGAGUAAUUCCUUCAAAGCAUGAUCAUCAACGUAAACAGCCCCGUCCGAUGGAGGACCCUCCUUCAAAAGAUCGAAAGAACCAUAACCAAAACCAGCCACCUCCACCUCCAGCUCCAGCUCGGACCGUGGAGCAACCAGAAAAUGAUAGACAACCCUUCGAUGGAGUAACUCCUUCGAAACACGAUCAUCAACAUAAACAGCACCGUUCGAUGGAGGACACUCCUUCAAAAGAUCGGCAGAACAAGAACCAGCCGCCGCCGCCUCCACCUCGGAAAGUGGAUCAACCAGAAAAAGAUAGACAAUCUCCUUCAAAACACGAUCAUCAACGUAAACAGCAACGUCCGAUUGAGGACUCUCCUUCAAAAGAUAGAAAGAACCAGAACCAAAACCAGCCACCUCCACCUCCAGCUCGGACCGUGGAGCAACCAGAAAAUGAUAGACAACCCUUCGAUGGAGUAACUCCUUCCAAACACGAUGAUCAACGUGAACAGCACCAUUCGAUUGAGGAGCCUCCUUCAAAAGAUCGACAGAAUCAGAACCAGCCGCCUCCUCCAGCUCGGAAUGCGGAGCAACCAGAAAAUGAUAGACAACCUCCUACAAAACACAAUCAUCAAUCUAAACAGUACCGUCCGAUGGAGGACCCUCCUUUAAAAGAUCUAAAGAACCAGAACCAAAACCAGCCACCCCCACCUCCAGCUCGGACCGUGGAGCAACCAGAAAACUAUAGACAACCCUUCAAUGGAGUAACUCCUCCAAAACACGAUCAUCUAACUAAACAGUACCUUCCGAUGGAGGAUCUUCCUUCAAAAGAACUGAAGAAGCAGAACCAGCCGCCGGCGCCGCCGCAGCAGCAGCAUCAGGCUUAUCCUCCAGACUACCUUAUACAAUCGGACGGACCGCCGGAGCUUCAGCCGCCUCCUUCUCUUGAUCCGCCUAAGACUGAUAAAGGUUGCUGUUCCGAGUGCUGCAUCUUCUAA